AUGGAUAAAAUAUUAGAAUGUAUAUAUUGCAUAAAAAAGCAAAUUAGGGAUGAAAUUGUAGACACUUCUGUGGAUCCUGAAAUUAUGAAUAAUUUAGAUUAAAUCUUAUAUUUUUAAUGGUAAGGAAAUUAUGGUCAGAAUCUUAAGAAGAAUGGCAAAUGGACUGCUACUUGGCUUGGUGAAAAACUUGAGAGAGUUGGAGGAUAUUACACAGAGUAAGGCAAAAAGUAAGGCUUAUGGAUUGAAAUUAAAAAGAAUUAUUGGAAGUAUGUAUUUAUUAUUAAUUUUUAAUAAAAAGUCGAGGCAAAGUUUAUGAAAUUGGAGAGUACUGUAAUGAUUAGAGAAUUGGUAAAUGGAUAUGGAUUUUUCAAGAGAAAGUGAUGUAUUUUAAGAUUAAAUAUUUAGCGGUGACGGAUCAUAUAAUAAAGAGAGUAAAAAGCACGGGAAAUGGAUGGAAUUGAGCUAAAACUUUUGGGAGUAUUUAUUUGAUUCUAUAUAGGUUGAGUUAAUUAAUUUAUCAUGGUGAAUAUUAAAAUGGUAAAAAAGUUGGUAUAUGGGAUAUUUAUAUUUGUGAUAAUAAAAAAUAUUAAUAGAUGUAUAUGAAUAUUAAAAUAUUGUUUUUAACAGUGGUGGUGGAUCAUAUAAAGAAAAUAAUUUUGGAUGCGAAAUUAAAACAGGAAGAUGGAUUGAGAUGAGUGAAGAGUUUAAUAUGUACUUUAAUUGAUUUAAUUAUCUUAAUAGUUUUAAUUAAAUCAUUUUUAUCGGAGAUUAUUAAAAUGGUAAAAAAAUUGGUAGAUGGGAUAUAUAACUAAUAGAGUAUGAUUAAUCUGAAUGUAUGUAAGUAAAAUAUGGUAUUUAUUUAAACAAGUGGGGGUGGUGUUUAUGAUCACAAAUAAGGAUUUAAUGGUUUUGAAAAUUCAAUAAAGAAUGGAUUGUGGAUUGAGUUGAAUGAUUGGUUUUCUAGGUAAUAUAAGGGUUUUUUUAUAUUUAAAAUUAGUUAUCGUCAAGUUAUUCAUAAAGGGAUAUAUUAAGAUGGUUUAAAAAUUGGCAGAUGGGAUAUGUUAUUUAGGGAUAAUUUUGAUUUUUAUUAGAUGUAUAUAUGAAUAGUCAUAAAUUAAAAAAAGUGGGGGUGGAGUUUAUGAUAAAUAGAUUGGAGAUGAUGAUGUUUAUUUUACAACAAAAACAGGAAUGUGGAUUGAAUUAUACGAUGAGUUUAAUCGGUAUGUGUUUUAGAGAUUUAUUUUAUAAUUAGUUAUAAUUAAAUAAUUUAUAGAGGAGAAUAUUAAAAUUAAAAAAAAGUUGGUGUGUGGGAAAAAAUAGAUUUAGAUAAAGGAAGGACAAUGUAAUAUUCAAAUAAUUAUUAGCGAUGAAAUGA